AUGCACACUCCCGACGUGGAGGCCGCUUGCGCCGCCGACGCGGAGACGCAGAGCUCAGACGGCACGCGCUUACGCUCUGGCGGCACGCACGCUCACUGGCGCUCCGCCGUCGCGCUGCUCGCGGCCCUUGCACUCGUGGUGCUGCUCGCCGCUCCGUCGGCCGCACCCCGCGUGGCGGGCACCUGGACGGCGCAUUGGGCGAAGCAGACCUCCUCCGGCAAGGAGCGGCCGGUGAGCUUCCUGCCCACCCUCGUCCAGUGCGAUAGCAGUAGACGGUGCUACGGGCGGUGCGAAGGCGAGCGGCAGCGGGCUGACGGCAGCCGUUGCACGAACGGGUGGUGCCACGGCACUUGCCUUCCUGGCUGGUACCCCGGCUACGCGGGCUGA